AUGACUGGUCUCGGACUAGCUAGUGUAGCUGGUCUCGGAGCCCGCGAGCAGCACAGGCAGCUGUGGCCAUCGAAGCAGCAGCAGCAGCAGAAGCAGCAGCAGCAGCAGCAGCAGCAGAAGCAGCAGCAGCAGCAGCAGCAGGGUGGGGUUGUUGUUAUUUUGCUGCAGGGCACGGAGUACUUCGACGCCAAGACGAAGCGCUACGUAGAUAUGCCCAUCACCGACGUGCUGCAGAUGAUUGGGCGCGCGGGGCGGCCGCAGUUCGACACUGCAGCAGCAGCAGUGGUGUUGUGUCAGGAGAAGCAAAAAGGGUUUUUAAAACGUUUUCUUUAUUUGCCUUUUCCGGUAGAGUCUUGUCUUCAUCUUUGUCUUCCAGAACAUUUAAAUGCAGAAAUUGUUGCGGAGACCAUCCGCAGCAAAACCAUGGCUCUCGAGUACCUCUCCUGGACCUACUUCUUCAGGCGGCUGGCGGCGAACCCCGGCUACUACAGUUCCGAGCUGCUGGCUGAGGACUGCCGCGGGGGAGGAGCAGCAGCAGCAGAGCGGCGCCGCAGUUUGAUUUGCUGCUACUUGGAUGGUUUGGUGAGCAGAGCUUUGGAUUUGCUGCUGGAGUUGGGCUGCAUCCAGCUGCGGCUGCCGCAGCAGCAGCAGCAGCAGCAGCAGCAGCAGCAGCAGCAGCAGCAGCAGCAGGGGGAGGAGGGCGGCGAGGCGGGCGGCGAGGAGGCGCUGACGGGGUUCCGGCUGGUGCUGCAGCAGCAGCAGCGGGAGAAGCAGCAGCAGCAGCAGCAGCAGCUGCUGCUGGAGCCCGUGAUCGAGCCCACGCCCCUCGGCCGCAUUGCCUGCUUCUACUACAUAAAACCCCAAACGGCAAAAAGAAUUCAAGACAAGAUGCAGCAGCAAGUUCUUUCUUUUGUUGAAAUCCUGAAGCUGCUCGCAGACGCAGAUGAGUUCGACGAAAUGCCCGUCAG